AUGCUGACAACAUUUGAGCAGCAGCAUGGCAUGGUGGAGUUGCCGCCACUUGGUGAGAAGGUCAGUAUUUAUGAUCGUGGCUCUAUAUUUGCUGUCCACGAUAAUUGGUUGGACACUGGAGCUGCAAACGACACGAACAGCACUUCGGCGCACCCAUCGCGGGCUUUUGCCGAAGUUUAUCUUGGCUCCGUGGUUCGUUCUGUCUUUACAGCCGAUCAGUUCAUGCGGUGGUCCAAACGAGAUAAUCGUGUGGAGGAGUCUAAUUUGUGGAGUUUGCUAUUAGAACUUCUACUGGAUGCGGAACAAGCUGUGAAGUACAACCCCGAUGCUAUUGGCAUAGCGAAAGUACAGCCCCAUAGGCAGUGGUACGUUUCUCAUCAAGCCCAUAUCCAAGACUUGCUGCAGCGUCAACCGUUGCUCCGCCGUAUGAACAUUAUUAUCCGGUGGCUGGAGCGGGUUUACCGCACCGGGAACGCACCCCUGAAGUUGGCUUCGUCUCGCACCCCUGAAGAGGCUGUGCUGCUGCGACAGAUUGUUCUAUCGUGCUUACGCGGUGGUGAGCUUCACCGUGCCAUAGAUUUGUCAGUGACGGCCAAAGACUGCAUGUACAGCUGCCUGCUGAGCGCCGCGCAGAUGCAAACGGUGGCAGAACCGUGGUUUAACGCAACACCUUUGGUGCCCUUAUUCGGGGAAUACGGCAACGGGGAGGUGGAUCUGGAGUGGGCGUGCAAUGAGCACCGACUUGAUAAUCUUUCUCAGCUGUAUGAAGACUCUGUGGCCCUUUCCACAUCAAGUGAGGGACAAACAGCAGGCGGAGGCUUGGAUGGGCUUAUUGCGGCAGUGCUGUGCGGCAACCUGGAUGUUAUGGAGCCAGCCUUCGCUACGGGAAACUGGAAGGACGUGGUGUGGUGUCACCUUCGCUCUGCACUGGUGCUGUGCUUUACAAAGACGCUGAUGGCUGCACGCCAUAAUGUCCAGGCACCAUAUGGGGCUCUGGUAGAGCGACUCACUGGAUCGCAUGACUCUUGGCAAGACGAAACGGCACAGUCAGUAGUGCGUCGUCUUGCCGAUAGACUUGAGAGUAGUUACUUUGCCACAGUGUCGUUUGAGGAAAAGCUACAAAUGCGCGUCAUUCUUCACUUUCUUUCCUCCGACAACGCGGAUUGGACAAAUGUGUUGAAUGAUUUGAGCAGAGUCAAAGGUGUUGCUCAAAGCGACCCUAAUGGCGUUAGGUUGGUUUCCCACUUGUUACUGUGCCUUGAUACAGCGUACAGUGAGGCGUUACACUCACGUUCUGUACAAGUGUACUCGACUAGCCUUGCCGAGGCUCUCACUCGAUAUGCCGAAAGUCUUGUGCAGCUUCCACAUUACGCGCCACAGGACGCAAUGAGGGCGGUAAUUGCGAUGAACUUACGUCUGCGUGAUGCACGGCAGCGAGCCUCGGUGUACGCUGCGUUCCUUGUUGCGUGUAGGUGCCGAGAGCUGCAGCUAACCAAACGGGAAGAGGUGGAAGCUCUAGAAGAAAAGCUGGUACAGAUGUUUUGUAAGGCUGAUCCAGUGAGUGAAGUACACGACGAGGUGAUGCGGUUGCUGAACCAGAAGGUGGAACCCGCCACCCUGCUGACGCAUAAUCCCCUUGCAGAGGCUGUGAUGUGGCGGGCGAUGCAUGCGGAUUCACCUGACGACUUCAUCGUCGCCUUGCGUCACUCACUCGAGGCCUGUGGCUCUUUCUGGUUGGCGGAACCACGCGCGGAGCUGGACGCUAUUACAGACGUGGCAGGGAUAAUACGUCGAACUAUCCUACCAAACCUCCGAAGGGAUAGCAUUGCCCUGUCGGCCACACCCACUGAAAUGGAGCUCGCUGAGUCGCACUUUUGGAUGACGUUUGCUGCUUUGCGGACGGCAGCGGACCAGCACGCGAAGACUACUGCGCGACUCGACUUGGCUCUUGGUGGGACAGACCGUACGCUUGAGUUCCAGUUGGUGCAGGACGAGGCUGCGCUUAUGCGUGAGCUGCACAGCUUGGCACGAAAGGCCCUUACAUACGGCGGGGCUGUUGUGCACCGAAGCCGUUCGUGCGUCACUGCUGUCACAUGGCUUCUGCAAGUUUUCGUAGAGGAGGUUGUGCUUUCCGUUCGGCUUGCCGCAUCGAGGAGCUCUGUUAUUGUGGAGUAUCUGCGCCAUGUCUUUGAACUUAUUGAACAGAUAAACGACUCGGGUUAUGUAGAGCCGUCCCUCAUGCCCCAGCAGAGCGCUCGGGAUCUUUUCGCCGCAGUGCGGUCAUUGCGUAUGGCAUGCGGGCAGAAGGCGCAUGAUCUUUUAGUGGAAGAGGCGAAAAAGGUUGCUGUAACACAACAGCAGCUUUUUGUGACAUCACAACCGAAAUGGUGA